AUGGUACUUAUAGCAGUAAAACAAAUCGAGCAAUCUGUGUUAUUAAAUGAUUAUGAAAAUCUAUCAAUACUUGGUGUGGAUCAAGGUGGUAUUUUACUUUUUUCUGCAAUAACUAAAAGCCUUUCACGGAGUUCUGGUACAUCUCGAACUGUUAUUGGUGGUGUUCAAUUAAAUGAUGGUGAUCAAAAGAUUUAUUAUCGUCAUUCGACAUCUGUAAAAAUUACACAUGCAAGUAUUAAUUCAGAACGAUCAUUAUGUUGCUUUGUAAUACGUUCAGAAUCAUCUAAUUAUGAUGCAUAUGUUGCUAGAAUUGGUUCAACAAAUUCCGGACGUUUAUUUUCAUUGAAAUUUUCACGUCCAAGUCCAAUACGAGCAUUUCUUGCACCUCAUAAUGUUAUUUUAUUACUUUAUCGAGAUGCUAUAACUGUAUUUCGAAUGCCUAGCAGUGAUGGAAGUGAAAAAUCAAUUGCUGUUGAGAAAGAUGCACAAUUAAGUGAUUGUAUCUAUUAUCAAUGGGAUACAAUUCAACAGCGAUUACAUGUCAUACAAAAACGUUCAGUAACAUUAGUUAAAACAAUGCCAUCUAGUGAUUAUGAGACGUUGGUAUAUACAGCUUAUACUAUAAAUGCUAGAGGUCAAUUUGAUAGUACUAUGAGAGUAUAUUUUGAUUUAAAAGUACCAUCAUCCAGUUCAGUUCAUUCAAAUUUUGAAAUUCUCUCCAAUGAUACAAAUCUAUUUAUUUGUUGGCAAGCACUUAUAAAAGAAGGAAGUAAAGAAGUUGAAUAUACAGUUGUAUCACUUGGUCAUGGUCGUACUCUUUCUAUAACAAAAGCAUUAAAUCGACAAAAUCGAGAAAUAUUUCAAUCACGUAAAGUUCAUUUUGGACUUCUUGGUGGUGAUUAUGUUUUUGCUAUUUUACGCGGAGAAUUUAUUGAUUUACUUAAUUUUAAUAUACAAUUAAAUUUUCUUAAUCAUCUAUUUUUUCCAAAUGAUGAUGUUAGUUUACCUUAUGAUACAAAAUAUAUUACACAACGUGGUCUUAAUACAGCAACAUCUACGCUUCUUUAUGAUAAAAAAAAUCUUUGUACAUAUACUAUUGAAAUAAAUGGAAGUGAACUUAUUAAAACAAUUUCAUCAACAACAAUUCAAUCAAUUAUUGCAUAUGC